AUGCGCUUGUUAUUCGAAUCUUUUUGGGAAAACACGGAAAACCCUUCACUUAAAAAGUUCUUAGAUUUCCGUUCAAAGGAGGGCAAUUUAGAAGACGAAGAAACGGAGCAUCUUCAUUACAAAUAUGAACUAAAUACUAUUCGUAAACAAUAUUCCAAAACGUCUGAAAUUUGGCAGAAGAUAGUAACAUGGAAGCAAGAUUUUAAGAGGGAAAGGUUGCGUACUUGUUGGGAAGCAUAUCAUAAAUGUGUGUUAGUGUGUAGUGCAACGCUUGCUUUGUGCCGUCACCAACUACCUUGCUGGUUGCGUACUGGUAGAGGGAAAGGUUGCGUACUUGUUGGUGAGCACACUAUAGAUGCCGUCACCAACUACCUUGCUGGUCGAGGGAAAGAGUAUAAUGCAAGACUUCAACGACUACUUUGCGGGUUGCGUACUCGUAGGGGAAAGAAUGCUAAAAGAUCAAAGGAAAUAAAUCAAUUUUGGGAUCUCCAAUAUGAGAUGAAAAACGUUCGUGCAAAGAGGAUAUUGCUCGAAGAAGAGAAGAAUAAACUGGAAAAUCAGAUUGAUCUUGAACAGGAAAGAUCUUUACUUCAGAGAACAAUCACAAACCGGUUUGAAAAAUUUAUGUCAGUUGAUAAUCUCCAGCCUGUUGCGUCUACUAGACAAAAACGAAAAAAAAACCUAUCAUUAGCAAAAAAGAAUAAAGAAUCGUCCGACUUAUCUGUUUCAAAGAAGAUGUGUAUGGCUGAAUCUCUCGGCGGGGAUGUAGAGGAUGAUGGCCCAUGCGGUUUAAACAAAGUUAAUAGUACCGAGCACGAUAGAUCACCCACAUAUGAACCAAUUUGCUCAAACAUCAUCGAUACAACAAACAAACUUUUAAUAGAUAGAUUGGAAAUCAAACGUGAUUAUACGUGGGAUCCUGUCACUAAUGACGCUACAAAAUAUAUUGAUGAAUUAAUUGAUAAUGCAUGUUCCACUAUAAUUUCUUUUUCUUUUAUAAUCAUUAUUAAUUUUGCUAACAUUUUUGGCUCGGAAACGUACACCGAUGAAGACCCACAAAACUCAAAACCAAUUUCUUAUAAACAAAAGCUUUUUCGUGAAAUUAAGGAUCAACUAGAUCGUCUUAACGAAAGAUGUACUAUUCCAGAAAGCCUUGUGGCUUUAAAAGAUGUAUUAUAUUUAAAGAAUGAUUUAACAAAUGUUGUUCUCGGUGUUGUAAAGAAAGUAAAAAGAGUUGUAUUACAAACAAGGCCAGAAGACUUAUUUAAUAUCGACAAUCUUCCGGAGACGACACCAACUCCGAAAAAAUCACAAAAAGAGUAG